AUGUCGUCCACGGUGUAUCUCGUCCGCCACGCUGAGUCGGUACACAAUGUGACCAAAGACUUCAACCUCCGCGACCCUGGCCUUACCGAGCUUGGAUUUACACAAGCGGCAUCUCUUGCCUCAUUCCCAGCCCUUUCGUCCAUCGCCAUCGUCCUCACUUCGCCGUUGACUCGGGCCAUCGAGACCACCAUUGCAGGUUUCGGCGCCAUUGUCGAUCAGAGUAUCGGAGGCGAAACUGGUGGCAGGGAGGGCGUUGCGAGGCUUAUUCUCGAUCCUGAUCUGCAGGAGCGCAGUGACCUGCCCUGUGAUACGGGCUCCGACAUUGGGACUCUCAGGGCCAGGUUUCCGGGUCUGGAUGUCAGCGCUCUCGCGGAAGAGUGGUAUGUCAAGGAGGGCGCGCACGCAGCCAAUGAUGCAGCCGUUGCUGCACGUGCUAGAUCCGUGAGGGAAAGGCUUCAGGCGUUGGCUAGGGACCUGGUAGAUGGUGGUGUGCCCGAGACGAAAAGGGCCAUUGUUGUGGUCACACAUGGCGUGUUCAUGAAGUUUUUGGCAAAGGACGAUACGCUUGAUCUUCCCAAGGCAGGUUGGAAAGCUUAUACCAUUGGAAACGGCGAAGAGAGCGAUAGGACUGGGCCAGUUCUUACUCCUGUUGAAUAA